AAGAUACAAAUGUAUCUCGAACUGUUCAAACUCAAUUUUUCGAAUCGAGCAAGAUACCAUACAGCAGAUACGUAUUUCUGUUUUCUGAAUCCGAAUCUGAACUUCUGAAGUCUGAACGAACAAAACGAACGACAACGAAAACGAGCAGGAGGGUUGUGUGUGUUUUGUAUAUGUUGAGUUUUUCAGUCAUCAGCUGAAUUCAUGACAGGCAACGUCUUAUUAGAUUAAGGUUGCGCUGUUCGAUAAUACAGUAAUAAUAUUUUUGGUAAAAAUAAUUUAAUAACAAUCAAAAGUUCGAGAGUUAAUAGGUAUCUAUCAAUUAAAUUAAGAUACCUCUCAUAAUAACAACCACAACAAUAAAACGCUUUUUUGUUUGUUUAUUCUUUCGAUUGUGAAUUUUUCUGAAUAUUGAAAUAAAAGUUAAUAAAUAAAACUUCCGUGCUCCGCGAAACUCUUUAUUGUCAACAUACUCUUAUAUACACAAACAUAUGUAUACAUAUAUACACGGAAGUAUAUAUUGUUGUUGUCUAUAUGGUAUUUGUUAAAAAAAAAAGUAUCUAGAUACAAUUUGUGUAUCGUUAUUUCCUCCAUUGUAAACUACAAGUGAGCGAACCCGGUGCGGUGUGUUAAACCUACCUACCUACUACCUAUCAAUCAAAUGAUAUCGUCAUUCAAUUGUGAAAAGUCAACGACGACGACGACAACCACGACACGACAUCAGCCAUUGUUUAUUUGAAAAAAUUAUCACAAUCAAUCGGAAGUAAAAUUGUUUAAAAAAAAAAAGUUUAUCAGUGUAAAACUUAAGCAAUAAAAUUUUUUAAUUUUUUUCGACAAUUUUUUUCAAUUUAAAAAAUUACUAAAUUUUGUUUGAUGAAUAUGGCGGUAAUUUUAAAAAUUAAAUACAAACAAUUGGUGAAACAAAAUAAUUUAAAAAUAAUAUGCCUCUAACAGUGAUCUGACCUAUAACUUGCACCAAAUUACUCGAAGUUAUACCCACCUUUAUUUAAAUGGAAAAGUGGAAGAGAUAUUUAAUUUAAAUAUCUCCUAAUUUAGUUAAAAAUCCGAUUUUGGUUUUGUGAAUUGAAAAAACCCUACGCCAUACAAAAUACAAAAAAAAAAUAAAUAAAAAAUUGUGAAUAAAUGUGAAAGAAAAAAAAAGAAUUCAAGAAAAAAGAACGUCCUUUAAAACAAGACCCAAAAAUUUAUAAAAUUCUUUUAAAAAUAAUUACAACAGUUUUAAGUGACAAAAAAAAACAAACAGAAUUUAAUUAAAAUUAACUCUUUUUUUGUGAAAACAAUCUUUGAAGAAAAAACAACAUUACAAAAAACACAAAAAACUGGAAACGGAAAUUGAAUCACAUAGCAAAAGGGAGGCAGACGAGGAUCGUUUUGCCUCCACUUUUCAAAAAUUCACCCGAAUGCAGCCAACAUUGCCACAAACAGCCGGGACAGCCGAUAUGGAUUUGACGGCUGUUCAAUCAAUGGAUUGGUUAUUUAAAAAGGAACGAAUCUAUUUAUUAGCACAAUUUUGGCAACAGAGAGCUACAUUGGCUGAAAAAGAAGUAAAUACUUUAAAAGAACAAUUAUCCACAACUUCGACUGCAACAACAACAACAACAACAUCUACGUCAUCAACGACAGCAACAACAACAUCAACAAUCUAUUCGUCACCACCAUCCCCGUCAUCGGUGAGCAGCACAAUCCCAAUACCAAAUAUCAAAUUGUCAUCACCAACGAUAAACCACAAUAACAACAACAGCUUCAACAAUAAUAACAAAUUAAACAGCGUUGUUAUAUCACAGCAUUUACACCAGAACGGAAAUUUGCUGGCAGCUACACCAUCACCAUCUCCGCCAUUAUCUGAGAACGGUAGUACACUAAACGGAUGCCUUAAUUCGGCAAAGUUACUAUUCAAUCAUCAUAACCGAAUAAUGGACACAACAUCAACAGCUUCGAAUGUAGCUACUGAUCUGUCAGCGGCAUUGGCAGUAGCAGCAGCUGCAGCAGCAGCAGCCAAUAAUCCAGCUCCCACCAGUUUAGGUGCAACACAAACAACAACAACAUCAACAACAAAAACAACAACAACAGACGCUAGCAAACUUAUAACAGCGAUGACAGCUGAAAUGAAUCUCCACCAAGACUCUAGCGAAUCAGCAACACUAGCAAGUAAUCAAAUGUCAAAUCGAUCGCAUAGCCCGCUUCUGUCCGCGCUAGAGUCAACCACUGGUAUCGAGGCAACAAGAAACAAUAAUAAUAAUAGCAUUAGUAACAAUAAUAAUAAUAACAAUAAUAAUAAUAAUAAUACAAAUAAUAGUAAUAACAGUAGUAGUUGUAAUAAUAACAAUUUUGCUGAUGAAUUGGCUGCCAAAGAAAAAGAGAUUAAAGCACUUAUCGCUGAGGUUACCCGACUGCAAGCCCUCCACGAAGAACACAUUGUACAAAUACAAAGACUUGAAAAUAAUUUAGAAACGAAAAGUCAACAUAUUCAGAGACUUGAAACUCGUCUGCAAACCGAAACCGAAACACAACCAUUAAAAAGCUCCGAAGUUUCUAUUGCUGCAAACGUAAACGCUAUCAGCGAAUCAUGCCCGGCAGAAAUUCGAGAUCAGACAGAACCUAUCACUUCUAUCGUUCCCUCAGAACCAUCCACAAUGCCAGUUAUGACAGUUGAAGGCAUUCAAAUUAAAAAGGAAAAGGAAAACCAAUUAUCAUCAUCAUCUACGGCAGGUGACAUCACACAUCAUGAAGUGACAGCUGUAGCUGGGGCUGGCGCUGGUACCGGGGCUGUUGUCAAUGACCCCAAACAGUUCCAAGAACUUUUAAUCGAGAAAACUAAGACACUCUCGGCUGCAAAUGAAGUACUCAAAGCCGAAGGAAUUUCCAGUGAUACAACUUUAGCAGCAUCAGAUGUAGACACAAUCAAGUCUUCUGAUGAUAUCGAAGCUGCAGCAUGCGAGGUCUCUAACAAUGAGUCAGAUGCAAACCUCCAGCAUCAGCAGGAUUUGCAGUCUCCAUGCGAUUCAGCGACUCCAUCAGACCAGACUCCGUCGUCAAAUACAAAUUUCCCAAAUGUCGAUCAGUUCGGUUCGCUGCUUGGCGGUGAGUUGGUUAAUUCAUAUUGGCGUCGUGGCUUCGACCACUUGUCAUUAGCUCCGCCACCACCUUCGAUGCCCUCGCAACAGACAUCUUCAGCAACAAAUGCCGCCGCCUCGGCUGGAAUUGCGAUAGCAGCACAUCCACACCCACAUCCACACCCACCGCCAUCAGCAGCAACACACACAACCUCCAAAACGCCAACAUCGAUUUUUCAAAAUUUCCCAUCAAUUUUAUCGUGCCGAUCGCCUCCACCACUCCCAUUGUCGGUCACUGGACCAUCAACCACAACUCUUUUGAGUCAACUAGUCAAUUCAACCUUCUCAUCGAAUUCAACUCCUUCUCUUCGAAUAGAUUCCAAUUCAACUACGUCGUCGUCGGUGACCACAACCACUGGCGCUCAUCUCCAACAAGCUCCAUUGCACCACCACCAGCAUCUACACCAUCAGCUUCCUGUUCUACAGCAUCAUCAGCAACAUCACCAGGACUUCGAGAAGGCCAACAGCCAUCAUGAUUCCUCAUCAACAGCUAGCACUCCCAAUCUGCAAGACCAGCGUUCCAAUGAUGGACACAUGAGUGGUUCAAAAUCCGCCAAAGCCCAAGAGGAUAAUAAUAACUCACUAAGCUCCAUGGCACAUCUUCCACCUGCUUUCAUGCCCAGUUUGCAAUUCCAAUUCCAAGAUCGCGGUCCAUUCCGCUUUGCCGAAGACAUCCAGCUACCACCUGGUGCCUCUAUGGCUGGCCGAUUGGGCGAAUCCCUCAUUCCCAAAGGGGACCCCAUGGAAGCCAAGCUCCAGGAAAUGCUCCGCUACAACAUGGACAAGUACGCCAAUCAAAGUUUAGACACGCUCCACAUAUCACGUCGCGUUCGAGAACUCCUCUCGGUGCACAACAUUGGACAAAGACUCUUCGCUAAGUACAUCCUCGGACUGUCACAGGGCACAGUGUCCGAAUUGCUAUCCAAGCCAAAGCCCUGGGAUAAACUGACUGAAAAAGGCCGUGACAGUUACCGAAAAAUGCACGCCUGGGGAUGCGAUGAUAACGCUGUGAUGUUGCUCAAAUCUCUUAUACCAAAAAAAGAUUCGGGCAUUCCGCAAUAUGGACGAAAUGAUGACUCGAUGUCGGAUGAUCGUAUUGCACACAUUUUGAAUGAAGCUUCCAGCCUCUUGAAGACCCCUCAGGUACCAGGUUCACAGUUGCAGCAACAAAUGAAACAUGAAUCCCAGCGUCUUCAUCAGCACCAAUCAUCAUCUCUUGAUGAUGAACAGAGUCAAGACGAAUCGAAGUCACCGCAUGCAUCUUGUACGUCGCCUUUCUAUAAAGACUCCCCAGUGCAACAACAGCAACAGCAGCAACAAACACAACAACAACAGCAGCAACAGCAUCAGCAACGCCAAGAAGCUCAGCGUCGAAGUGUUAAGCCCGAUGAAAUGUCACAAGACAAGAUGGCGAGAAUAUAUCAAGAGGAACUACAAAAGAUCAUGACACGCACUCCACGUGACUCUUUUCCAAGUUUUCUCUUCCCACACUUUUUUAGCGCUGCUGGUGGUCUCCCGCCUACAAAUAGCGCAAUGCCACCCGACGAUAUCCGAAUGGCUUUGGAAGCCUAUCACCGUGAAAUGGCCAAGUUGCAGCAGAACAGCAGUGGAAAUAUACCCAACUUUCCGAAUUUUUCCAGCUUGAUGGCGCUGCAACAACAAGUGUUGAAUGGCGCUCAGGAUCUAUCCGUCCCAAAGGAAAACGAAAUCAAAGUUAAUGGCCAGCGACAUUCGAUGGAAAGCUGCGAUUCCUCCUCCAAUCAAACCAAAGAAACAUCCGAAGAAGCCGCGCAUCGUCACUCAAGUGCAUUUAGCUUAGUUCGUCUUAAGCCAGAUUCUGUGCCUGCACAAAAUUCAAAUUCCAAUACAAAUACCAAUUCAGCUGCACCCAGCCCGCUAAGCAAUUCCAUACUUCCACCGGCUAUGACAACAAGUGAGGACUUUUCCGCCGCUGCCAGUCCACUGCAAAGAAUGGCCUCAAUUACAAACUCACUAAUUACACAGCCUCCAGUUACACCUCACCAUACGCAGCCACAAAGACCCACCAAAGCGGUGUUACCACCAAUCACUCAACAGCAGUUUGACAUGUUCAACAACUUAAACACCGAAGAUAUUGUCCGUCGUGUGAAGGAAGCUCUUUCACAGUACUCAAUCAGUCAAAGACUAUUUGGAGAAUCUGUUCUGGGACUAUCUCAAGGAUCAGUUUCGGAUCUUCUUGCGCGGCCAAAGCCUUGGCAUAUGCUUACACAAAAAGGCCGUGAACCUUUUAUUCGGAUGAAAAUGUUCUUGGAAGAUGAAAACGCAGUGCACAAAUUAGUAGCCAGCCAAUAUAAGAUAGCUCCCGAGAAGUUAAUGCGGACUGGCAGUUACAGCGGCAGCCCACAAAUCCCACAAGGUCUGGCGAACAAAAUGAACAGCAUUCCCAUGCAGAAAAUGAUGAACGAUCUUAAAAUGGAGCCUCAAGCACAACAUCUAAUGCAGCAAAUGCAAGCAGCUUCUGCAAUGGCGGCAGCCGCUGCUGCAGGACACAUGCAAAACGCCCAACAUCAGGGAAUGUUGCUAACUACCCCAGGGCUCCCACCACAACAUGCAAUAAGCCUGCAACAAGCCGCCGCUAACGCUGCUGCUGCCAACGAAAAGAAGCCAAUGAUGAUGCCAAUUCACUCACCGCACCAAGCCAAUGCCAUGCGAAGCAACAUGCACCAACACAUGUCACCGACAGUCUACGAGAUGGCAGCCCUCACUCAAGACCUGGAUACACAGGUUAUAACAACAAAGAUAAAGGAAGCUCUCCUUGCCAAUAAUAUUGGUCAGAAGAUUUUCGGCGAAGCAGUUUUGGGGUUGUCACAAGGAUCAGUUUCUGAGCUCCUCUCGAAACCAAAACCAUGGCAUAUGUUGAGCAUCAAAGGUCGCGAACCUUUCAUUCGAAUGCAACUGUGGCUUUCGGACGCAAACAAUGUGGAACGCCUUCAGGUACUUAAGAACGAAAGGCGAGAAGCUAGCAAACGCCGACGAUCCACAGGUCCAAAUCAACAAGACAACAGCUCCGACACAAGCAGCAAUGAUACUGCUGACUUCUACACCAGCAGUCCUGGUCCUGGGUCAGUUGGUUCAGUUGGAGCACCACCAAACAAAAAACAACGUGUUCUCUUUUCUGAGGAACAAAAGGAAGCACUACGCCUGGCUUUUGCUCUGGAUCCGUAUCCAAAUGUGGGAACCAUUGAAUUUCUGGCGAACGAAUUGGGUUUAGCAACGCGAACCAUUACCAACUGGUUCCAUAAUCACCGAAUGCGCCUCAAGCAGCAAGUGCCGCACGGCCAGCCGUCAGAACCCGUUCCAAGUCGAGAAAAUACCAACGCAACACCUUUCGAUCCAGUCCAAUUUCGUAUUCUCCUUAAUCAAAGACUGAUGGAAUUACAAAAGGAACGUAUGGGUCUCAGUGGUGCCCCCAUACCUUACCCACCGUAUUUUGCCGCCAAUCCAAACUUGGCGGCACUAAUAAGUCGUGGUUUGCUUCCCGGCGGAACAGAACCCGAUUUGCAAGCUCUAAAUAACGCCUUCAAAGAACAAAUGAGUGGUCUUGAUCUUUCUCUUAAAAGGGAACGAGACGGAGACUACGACGACGAUGGUGAAGACGAAUCCCAUCUAUCGGAUAAUGAGUCCAUAAAUGAGAGUGACGAAAAGUCAGAGAUGAGCGAAACACCCAGAUCUUCACUUUAUGGCUCCAUGGGUCAAUCUCGGACAUCACGACGGAAGCCUGCUGCCCCUCAAUGGGUCAAUCCCGAUUGGCAGGGCGAUGGUAAAACUGGGUUAAUACCUCCACCUCCACCCGGAGGUACCACCGACAAAGAAGUCAUCAUAAAUGGUGUUUGCGUUAUGCAACAACAAGCUUCUGAUUAUAGCCGAAAAUCCGGCAAUGGCGACGAUGAUGAAGAAUGCGCUUCCGAUGCCAACGAUGAUGAACCAACGACUCAUCAUCGUAAUCAACCUUCGGACUGCGAAGACGCCCCUUCUGACAUCGACCAAAGGUUCAUGGAACCUGAAGUUCGAAUUAAACAAGAAGAAGACUGUGACAGCAAUGAUAGCCAUCAAGAUAACUUGGACCUAAGGAAACAACAACACCAACUCCAACAUCGGGACGAAGAAGACGACACCCCAGGCGCAUGGAAUUAUUAAUAAAAAAAUGCAACUGCAACCCCCCAAAACUUGUGCAAUCAAUAAAAAAGGGAUAAUAUAAGAAAUAACUAAAAAAAAAUUAAUUUAAACAAUACAAUGAAAAAAUAAAAAAAAAAUAUAUUAUAAUAGUAAAGUUAAUUUAAUUUAAUUAAAAAAAUAAUGUGAUUAAGUUUUAUGUUAAACAUAAGUUUAAAAAUUUUAGUUUUUCGCACUGUUAGAAAUGAGAAAUGAUGUAAAUAGAUAUAAAAGUAAUUUUGUGUAUCUUCGUCUCAGAUUUAAGAUUUAUAAGACUGUCCGCAUAAGUUUUAAUCUUAAUCAUGUAAAUAAUAAUAUUAUUAAUCUUUUGAUUUUUUAGUUUAUUUGUUUUGUAAAUAAAAUAGAAUGUAUUUCUUUUUUUUUUGUAUUUGUAUUUAACUUCUUUUGAUCUCAUCAAAAUAAAAUUAAAAAAUCGUAUAAUUGAACCAAAUGAAAAUAUAACUUAAAUUCGUAAAUAUAAUAAACAAAAUAAUUAAUAAAAAGGUAGCAAACAACAACAAAAAUCAAUUAAUGUUUUAGAAAUAAAAAAAAUAUAUAAUUCAAGAUAAUAAUGCCUUUAAGUACGAUAUUUUAUUUAAACAUUUUUCAACUGGAAGUUGAAAAACAAAUUGCAUCCCGCAUAUCGUAACAUAAAUUAAUAUAUAUUAUACUUUAAUGUUAUAAAUAUUAGUUGUUUAAUUCAGUAAAUACUGUACAUAUAAAUAUAUAUAUAUACAUAUAAGAAAGACAACAAGAAAAGAAAAUUGGAAACAAAGGAGAUACUUUAGAAGUUAUAUUUAAAAGUUUUUAUUUUAUGCGUUAUUUUUAAUAAUUUUUUUUAUGAAAAUAUUUUUUAAGUUUAUCUUUCAAGUUAAUUAGUAUUAUUAUUGAUUUUAAUUAAUUAAAAAAAAAAAACAUUAUAUAUUUAGUUUUUAUUUCAUGAAAAUAAACACACCGAUAAAUAAUCAAUAAAAAUUGAGUUUUCUUUUGUUUAUAUUUAUUUUUCUCUUUUAGUUUGUUUUGAAUUUUUUUGAAAUUUCAGUUUUUAUUGGUCUGAACUUGCGGAAUAUACAUAAAAUGAAAAUAACAUAGUUACACAAAAAGGAACCGUUAUCCUUGCAUUAUUAAAUUUUAAUCUAUUGAAGCAAACUAAAUAAAUAAAAAUUUAGAUGUAGAUACGAUUUAUAAAAAUGUAAGUAUGUUGCUAAUAAUAAAUUUCCAACAAAUUAUGAACAGUAAACGAUAAAAUAAAGCUGAACAAUUUUUAUUUAGAAACUUCGUCCAAAAAAAAGCAAACAAAAAAAAUAUAUAUUAUUAUAAUUUUAAGCUAAGAUUUAUAAAAAUGCUGUGGCAUAAAAUGAAAUAUUGAUGAAUAUUAAUUAUUUUGUUCAUAAAGAAAGGUGCUAAAUUAAUUAACAACAAUUUUAGCACACAUCAAACAGGAUGUUGGUUUUGUUUUCAUAGUUUUGUUGUUCAUAAUUUUAAAUAAUUAAGUCUCAAUUAAAUAAAUAAAAUAUAGCAGAAAAAAGAAAAUAUUUCAAAAUAACAAUAAUACGUAAAUUCAAUGAUAAGUCAAAUGUAUGCAAAAUCAAAAUUUUAUCCAAAGAUAUUUGUAAAUAAAUGAUUAUAAAAUUAAGUAGAAGAAACUUCAAUAUUUCCUUCCAUUUCUUAAACCUCAAUAUAAGUAAAUAAUAUAAAACAAAACAAAAACGAAAAAAAAUAACUCUUUUUAUACUUCCAGAUAUUAUUAUAAUUAUUAUUAUAUAUAAUUAUACACAUCUAAAUAUUUAUCACGUUUCAGAAUUUUGUUUAAAUUUUUGUUAGAGUACUUGACACAGACGUUAGUUAAUAUUUUUAAUCAAGUACACUUAUUUUAGUUAAAAUAAAAACGACAUUAAUUAAGUUACACAAAUAAAACCGUGAUAUAUAUUCAUACAACAAAAUGUAAAUAUACAGAAAUAAUAAAUUAAUAAAUUUAAAAAAAAGAAAAUUACAAAUUUAAGUAAAUAGUAAACACUCUAUCCAUAUCAAGAAGAAGAAUAAGAAAAAUAAGAAGAAGAAAGUAGAAUAAUUUUUUUAAAUUAGAAGUUUGUUGGAACAAAUAAAUUUUUAUUUUCCAUUCAAGUGAAAAGCCACCAAAUAAAAACAACAACAACAACAAGAACAACAGAAGAAAAAUAAAAUUAAUUCAAAAAUCAGUUCAAAAAACAAAACAAAAAAAAAAAUAGCAAAAAAUGUAGCAAAUAGAUAAAUAUUAGAAAAAAACAGAUGUUUAAAAAAAAUAAAACAAAAAAUAGGUGAACCAAAAAAAAUAACAAUUUAAAAAAACAAAAAAAAAAAAAACUUGAUUUUAAAAUUUGAUAAAAAUGAUCUAUUGAUUAAGAUUAAAAAUAGAAGCCAUUAAAAGACAAUUGACAAAAACAUAUUGCAACCGAAAAUAUUAAAGUAUGAGUAUAUCUAAAAAUAAGCGAAAAACAAAUAAUCAUUAUUAUUAUUAUUAUAAUUAUAAUUAUUGAAUUAUUAAAUAUUCUUCUUUAAGAAUUUCUUAUUAUUAUAUAAAAAAAAUUAAUUAAACAAAAAAUAAAUAAUAACUGUAUUGAAAUACAA